AUGAAAACUCUACAAACACUUUUGGCUGUCCUUGGCGACAAUUCUUUGAUCUUGGAUGCAGCUCUAGCAUGGAUACAACUCGCUAAGGCUCCAGAUCAGCAAAGUCCAAAUGUCCAUGUAUUCCGCGCAAGGCCUGUAAAUAGCCAGCUAAAGACAUCCCAGCAAGUGUAUUUGCAGCACAUUCUCCCUAUCGUAGUAGGAUUGCAGAAGAGCCGGGAAGAAGAGCGAGGGGCAGAAGAAAUACUGUAUCCGAUAUACGGUGUAGAUGGACAUUUCUAUUUCACAUGCGCGAAUGACGGAGCCGGGCUAUUAGUCACCACCGAUCACGCCUCUCCCACGCUGCCGGCCAACCUUGAGUGCCUGACUCAACCCUUUACUCGCCUUGCACGCCUACCAUUGGGCUUGUCCACCGUCCUCGUGGCCCAGUGCUCGCCAUCCUCCUUCACCCCACCCAGCAUGCCAGCCAGCAUGGGCGGCUCCCCCACGUUACAACCUGCCUCCCCUGCAUCUCCUACAGCGCAGUACAGGGUGAGCCCGCUAUUGCUGCCCACUGGCGCAAAGGACAACGAGGAGCCGCGCCGCCCCUCGAUUCAGUUUCUGGCACAUCGUAACACGUCGCUGCCGAGGGGCAAUCCGAAGCCUAGGGAGAAGAGGAGGCUGUCGAGUCCGCCGCCGCCUCCUGUCUUCCAACCCCGCGUCUCCUUUGACACGUUUGACAAGCCCGCCGACUUCAUCGAGGAGAGCUCCUUUACUCUCAUCAGGAAGCACAAGGACUACGAAUACACCAAGCGAUCACGAACCUUUCUCUGCGGUUUUGACGAGAAUGAAUACUCGGUCUAUGCCCUCCAAUGGCUCAUCAACGAGCUAGUCGACGACGGCGAUGAGAUAGUAUGCCUGCGCGUCGUGGAAAAGGAAGAUGCCAUUGCAGGGGACCGCAGCGUCGAGACGGGGCGCUACCGCACAGAGGCAGAGGCCACCAUGAACGACAUACAAAACCGCAAUCACGACAACAAGGCCAUCAAUCUGAUUCUAGAGUUUUCCAUAGGCAAAGUGAACAAGGUCAUAGACGACAUGAUCAACCUUUACGAACCUGCCAUUCUCGUUGUUGGAACUCGAGGCAAAAGUCUGGGCGGCUUCCAGGGUCUACUGCCAGGUAGUGUCUCCAAGUACUGUCUCCAACACUCGCCCGUUCCCGUCAUCGUCGUGCGACCCACGACGAAACGCGACAAGGCCCGUAAUAAGCGCGCCAACGACCCCGACAGACAAGGCUAUCGCGACAUUCUUGCCAAGAGCGAGAGCCUAUACGACGUCAACAGUCCGCGAAACAGCUUCUUUGCGAAUGAGGAGGAGGCGUCUGCAGUACCAGGAGCAGCCACGACACCGAAACCGACAACGGAAACUCACCCAUUGGCACAAGUGGCGCGUGCUCGAGAUAGCAGCGAUGAUGAGGCGGAAAACGGUGCGAGCGCGCUGCCAGAAGACCCAAAGAGUCCCGGCUUCUUGAUGAAGAGUCCACAUUUGCAGAAUCUCGACAGUCCAGAAUUGAGCGAUGCAUCGAGUUUUAGUGAUGAGGAGGAUGCAGGUGCCAUGUCGACGCAAACACGACCAUCGACGACGGGGACGGGUGAGGUGGCGGCGGAGAUGGAGAGCGUCAAGCUGGGUCAAGAGGGGGAGUCAGAGACGAGUUCGAUGGAUUACGUGGAUAAGAUUAUUCGAGCUGGGACGCCAAAACCAAGCGAGGAUGGGCGGGAAACGGGGAGUGAACCUGUGUCACCCAAGGGGGCAGGGGGAACUACGUGA